UUCAAGACCAAAAUCUACGCUUCUCAAGAUGCCUCCUCUAACUGGUUUCUCGGAUAACCCGUUUCGUACGCGGAACGAUUUAGCAACGGCUGCCCUCGCUUUAUUGCGACCUUUGACAAGUCAUUUCUCGAGCUCUUGUGCCCGCAUCCGCCUUCCGGUAUCCACUGGUGCUCAUUUUGAUGAAGGUGCUGCACAACUAGAAGGCUUUGUCAGACCACUUUGGGCAGUGGCGUCCCUUCUACAGUUUCAGUCCUCUUUGUCAGAAAGAAACCCAUCUGAUAAAAACCUGAUUGAAGGCAUUGAGGAAGUAGUAAGACCUUGGAUCGAAGGCUUUACUGCGGGGACAGACCCCGACCAUCCCGAGUAUUGGGGCUCAAUUGGAGAAACUGAACACCAGCGCAUGGUCGAAGCCGAAGUGAUCAGCUACGCGCUUUUGUGUGCUCCAGAGAGAAUCUUUCAUAGUCGCGAUGAUAAGACGCGGAGGAACAUCACGUCUUGGCUCCGUGGUAUGAACGGGAUGCCAAUGCCAAACAACAAUUGGCGAUGGUUCAGAGUAUUUGUCAACCUGGCACUGAUCAAAGUUUGUGGUGUACCGGCGGCCGAGGUUCUCAAUGAGAUGAAUGCCGAUUUGGAACUUCUCGAUUCUUUCUACAUCUCCGAUGGUUGGUCUGGCGAUGGUCCAUGGCUGACCACGGAAGAGGAAGAGGAGGAAGCUGCAGAAUUCGAGCGAACUCGUCGAAGAGACGCAAUUGGCAAGGGACGCCAAGUGGACUAUUAUUCUGGAAGCUUUGCCAUUCAGUUCAGUCAGCUGCUGUAUGUGAAGUACGCCGAGGAUUUGGACCCUAAGCGAGCAGAAAGAUACCGACAGCAGGCCAGAGACUUUGGAUCGUCCUUUUGGAAAUAUUUUGACUCUGAUGGAUCUGCGAUACCAUUUGGCCGAUCUCUUACGUACAGAUUCUCCUGUGGAGCCUUCUUUGCGGCACUUGCAGUCAGCCCCAUACCCGAUAUGCCAUGGCAGUUGUCAAAGCCUGGACAAGUCAAGGGUUUCCUUUUGCGACACCUCAGGUGGUGGGCCUCUCGCUCAAGUGAGAUAUUUCAUUCAGAUGGAACUUUGAAUAUAGGAUGGCUUUACCCGAACAUGUUUAUGUGCGAAAACUACAAUUCACCACAGUCUCCUUACUGGUGUCUAAAGACUCUGAUUGCAGUUUCACUCGCACAAGACGAUAAAUUUUGGUCCGACGAAGAAGAAGAAUAUCCACGUUUCUUCAAACCACAGCUUGUCCCUGCACCACGGCAAAUCCUCAGUAACCAUCCGAUGGGCAAUCAUCAUUUCUGUCUGUCACCUGCACAGUUUGUUGCCUGGCCGAUGAAGGCAACACAAGCCAAGUACUCCAAAUUUGAAUAUUCCUCCACAUUUGCCUUUUCAGUACCCACUGGACCACUCAUCCAACAGAUCGCACCCGAUUGUACGUUAGCGCUCAGCAGAGAUGGUGCAGAGACUUGGGCUCUGAAAUGGAAGUGCUCGGAGCCAACUUUUACAAAUGUCUCUGUGAAAACAAAGGCAGGCAUAUCUCAAGUUCAGGCCACCUCGGUUCGAUGGUACCCUUGGGGAGACAGAGGAGUAGAUGUCCACACAACUCUAAUCCCACCGACCGACAGAUGGCCGGAUUGGCAUGUGCGUGUUCAUCGUGUUCAAGUCAAUACUGCUAUCCGUAGCUUGCACACCGUGGAGGGGGGUUUUGCUUCACCGAGCCGGUGCUCCCGGGAUGGAAGGAGACUACCCGACAUCAACAAACUAAGUGCUGGUCUCAAUAUUGGAUCUAGUGAAGGUGUAUUGGAGACAGUGGAUUCGAUCUUGAUGCUGUCGGUAGCAGGAGCUACUGGCAUCUCUUCCGGGUCAACAACAAACUCUGCAAGUUAUGCCACGAAAGCCCAGCCGCUCAAACCAGAUGCAAACACAAACAUAGCACAUCAGAGGACGUUGAUUCCUUUGAUAACUCGCGACGUGGAGCGUGACAUUCAAGCUAAUGAGGAGUUCGUUUUCGUUACGCGAGUUUUUGCAAUCUCGGCUACUGCGAACGGCAAUCGACGAGUAAGCGUGACUCUUGAAGACCGAUGGGAAGAUAUGCCCCGAGUGGUACUGCCAGAGUCGAACAGUUCAAGUUCCGACGACGAAUGUAUCAUUCUAUCUCCAUAGAUAAGAAUGAAAUUGGUGGCUGAGAGCGCCAAAACUUUGAAACAAGAAUUGAAACUUGUCUUCUAAGUCUUACGAUAGGAAGCUACAUCUCUUUCACCCUGUGAUAUGUAACAAUAGCAUAUUGUGUACCUGGG